CCCGAAUACCUUUAGAAUGAAGGGGUAGAAUCGGGUAGAUUGACUUGCCAAGUUUACUGUGGAACUCAAGUCAGGUUGGAUUCGUAAAUAUACAUACAUACCUAUAUAUAUAUAUAUUUUGUAAUAAUCGUAAAGCAACAUGGAAAACCAGGAUAAUUUCCUGGCAACGAAUUUUUACUUUCUGGGAACCUUGGGCAUGCUCCUUACUGUGAUUAUUCUAGCGGUGCCCGUGCUGCGAGACAAACUGCGCACACAGCUGGCGAAAUUCCAUUGCAAAUCCAUAAACUACACGCCGAUAACUUAUUUGAAGGAUGACAUUUUGACGCAAGUCUCGCGGCGACGUCUCCGACUGGUGCGGCGCAAGACGCUCAUCCUGGACAUGGACGAGACCCUGAUAGCAUCUGUGAUACUCUACCAGGCGAAUGCUGCCGCUGCUUGCCAUCGCAAGUACAAGGCGAAGUCCAUCCUGGUGGCCACGCUUCCAUACGAUUUCACCUUCUAUCUGCCCCUGUCCGGGGCCAGCGUCUACGUCUAUAAGCGGCCGCAUGUGGACUUCUUUCUGGAUCGUGUCUCCAAGUGGUACAAUCUGGUGGUCUUCACUGCCGCCACGGAGAUGUAUGCCUCGCGGGUCUUAGACUUUCUCGACGCGGGUCGGAAUAUAUUGAACCGGCGAAUGUAUCGCCAGGAUUGCAUCAAUAUCUGCGGAAUUCGGGCCAAGUUUGUGUCCAUAGCGCACAGCGAUUUGGCCAAUGUCCUGCUGCUGGACGACUGUCACAUGGAGAACAGCUUCAAUGUGGGCAAUGCUGUCCACAUCAAGAGCUAUCGCAUCGGCACCAAGGACGACGAGCUGCUCUGCAUGCUGCCCUUUCUGGACGCCCUGCGAUUCACACAGGAUGUGCGCUCAAUCCUCGGACGCUGCACCCGCUACGAUUGCCUCACUACCUGCCUGGCCACCCAAAUCUGUUUAUCCAAAGCCGCGGAGUCGGAGGAUGCCAAGUGUCUAUAACCCGGGCUCAGCGAUCUACUUUAAUGGGCACAUACAAACAUUUUAUCUAUGUAAAUUCUUAGUUUUAUUUCCCUCUCUCUCUCUCAUUCUCUCCCUGCCUUGUUCUCUGUCCAUGUCAGGUUUAGUCAUUCAACGUUUUCGCCAGACCUCUGAUUAUUAGUCACAGACCAAGUGAUUCACUAGCGACAACGACUUCGCCUUGUGCAAGGUUACUGCCCUAUCCGCCAACUAUAAAUCGAGCCCAUUUUAUGCAACAAGUGAAGAGGGCUCUAAACAAGAGCACUCGACUAGGAAAUACUCUACAAGACACUAAACGGUCGUAACAUAAAUUCCAAUUUCAUUGGCAUUCAAUUAGGUGGGAACAGUUGGAUGAAUCCAAAAAGAUUUUGUAUCUACUAAACGAGAGCUUAUUACCGAAUAUCCCUUAUGAAUAUAUCGAUAUUUAUCGAUUUUAGAUAAACCUGGCAAAUGGGAAAAAAUUGAUCAUUUUACAUAAAUACAGCAUGGUUUAUAUCUCUUA